CUGGUCGUUUUCUGGACAGCCACAAGCAAAUUGAUUUUCCCGAGCCGCUGCCGAAAAAUUGCCGCUGCGGCGCUGCCACCAUCCCACUUCUCCGCGCCGCCUCCAGAUCGAGCGCGUUAUUAGGUUUUCUCUGUCCCUCACCCGCCGCCGCAGAACGCUGAUGGCCCAGCGCUGGCGCUCCAGGGCGCGGUGGGACUCAGACCUGGACGAAGAUGGUUCCCCGCCUUUUCGGCAGCCGCGCAGGGGCGGGAGCGACGAGGAGGACGACGAGGUGGGGAACGAGGACCUCAGCCUGGAGAUCAUCGCGCGCGCGCAGCGGAAGCGGCGUUGGGCGUCCUGCGGUGGAGUCACCGGGUUCGCCAACCUGCUCUCGGUGUCCUCCGGCGACGACGAGGACGCCGUGGUGGAGCUCGCUGAGGCGGAUGAGCCCCGGAGGAAACAGAAGAAGAGGCAGCACUGGAAGCAAAGGAAAAGGCAACGGAAGGAGGCGACCGCUGCUGCUGCGGCUGCGGCUGCCGUGGACGAGGAAGAGAAGGAGGUUGGUACCACCCAGGAGGAGCAAAUUGGGACAGCAGAAUCGGUGCUAACUGAAGAUGGGGUUGAUGCCCCUACAUCUCACAGUAUGUUUCUGCGGAAGCUCCUUCGCAUACCAAGAUACUUUGAUCCUGGGGAAACAUUGUUGGAGACUUGCUUUAAUUGUAGCGAGGAAGGACAUGUAGCUGCAAACUGCCCAAUGGGAAAGCGGAAGAAGCCUUGCUUUGUUUGUGGGUUGUUUGGGCACAAUGCAAAGCAGUGCAAGCAGGGUCAAGACUGUUUCAUCUGCAAAAAAGGAGGGCAUAUGGCGAAGGAUUGUCCUGAUAAGCACAAGAGGAAUGAUCAUCAAUCCACAUUAUGUAUAAGAUGUGGAGAAACAGGUCAUGAUAUGUUUGGAUGUGCCAAUGAUUACCCACCAGAUGAUAUCGAGCAAAUAAGAUGCUACGCGUGUAAUCAGAAGGGCCAUCUAUGUUGUUCCGACUUCUUUGACAAUUCUCUGGAACAGGUUAGCUGUUAUAACUGUGCCCAAUCUGGCCAUUCUGGCCUGGGAUGUGCUAAGCAACGCAGGGAAGCUAGUGCUGUCACAACCCCAACCUUAUGCUUCAAAUGUGGCGAGGAAGGUCACUUCGCACGCGGCUGCACGAAGAAUGCCAAGUCCGAUGGGCCAAAAGGCUGGUCGUCACCACACAGUCAGAGGAAGGGAAGAUGGAAAAACGAUGGCAAGUCACCAUCACACAUCCGGAGGAAGGAAAAAUGGAAGAAAGAUUCCAGUGCUAGAUCAGCUCCUCAUGAUGCCUGUACAACAAGCAAAAGCAAUAGCCCCUCUUUCGAGGAAAGAAUGGGCGCAUCUAAUCAUAAAUCGAAAUGGAGGGGUGGUUGGACUGGUGAUGACGAUCUACCAUCGAAGAAGUACAAACCCAAUGGAUGGGGUUCACCAGCUACUCCCAAGAGGUCUUACACGAAUCACCAGUACUUGUCUGGUGGUGGUGACUACUUCACUCCCCAGUCCUCACGAAGGCACAACCAUGGUACCGCGUCACCCGGUGCUAGGAAACACAGGUUCUCGUCGUCAAUAUUCGCCGCCAGCAACACCCAUGUCCGGUUCAAAAGAAGCUAGCCGGAUGCACGUGUCUGUUUUUGUUGCUUGUUUAGCCAUUGAUAACAGUUAUCUCCUGGGGUUGAACUCUAGCUGCUGGUUCAUGCCCUUAGAUAGGUGUCUUGUCUGAGAUUACAUAUUUACAUAUGUAAGCGCGGUUGAAACUGAUUAUUUCUACUGUGAACAAAGCUUUCAUGCCA